GUUAAGAAAAACACGGAAGUAAACACCACUCCGCUCUCAGCGUCUUCACAUCACACAUUACAUUUGAUCACCAAACAUGUCAGUAAUGUCAUUUUAAGGAAUAAUACGUUAACUGUCAAGAAAGUACCUCAGCGGGCGUGUCUUAAACGAAGCGGUGUUCGAAAAAGCUGGGUUUGGGGCGCGAAGACACCGACGAAUAUAUUAUAAGCUUCUAUGGACCACAAAGAAAAACCUUGGGCAGGAGCCGUGAGACUGGAGGAGCUGCCACAGAUGGAUGGGACAUGUGAUGCAUGCGAGCCUGAUGAGGCUCAACUUGCCAUGCAAGUCUGCAACAUCUGCAGCUUUGCCUUCUGCUGUGUGCAUGCUGACAGACACGCCUCCAGCACACAUCACCCGCUAACUCCGUAUAACCACGAGGAGAGGCUAGCUAAUGGACUUGGCUGCAACAUAGACUCUGGAAUCGGAAGUAGAGCCAAGGAAGAGGCUUUGAUAGGGUUGCUGCAUGUACAGGAUGUAGAUUUGAGUGAAGUGGCACUUGUAGAUGAGCGCGGUAAUGCUGAGAAUAGCCAUGGAUCCAAAAAUGGCCUGCUGCUUCAAGGGACUAACUUGGGAGCUGAGGGUUCAGAAGGAGGGCAGGAGAGCAUCGCUGCUGCAGAGGCAGUGAAGAGGGACACUGUCACAGUAGAGCGACUGCGCUGCAAGGAGCAUGGGCAGGAAGGCUCCCUCUACUGUAAACCAGAUGAAAAGAUUAUCUGUGUUUUGUGUGCUGUGCAGGGUGAGCACCAGCAACAUGAAAUUAUCACUCUGCGUGAGGCUUAUACCUGGCAGAAGAAUAGACACGGUUAUGACCUGCUGGGCUGUACACAACAGAUGGGACAGAAAAUCACAAACAAGUGGACAAACCCAAAGAUGUCUACAGAGCAAUUGGAGGUGUAUGUGAACACCCAGUUUGAUGAACUCCGCAGAUUAGUACAUCUUGAAGAAAAGAGGACCUUGCACCUUGUAGAUCUCAAAGAGGCAUACCUGACAGCAUCUGCUGCAGAGAAAAUUGCAGAGAUCACUGUUCAAACCGAGCACCUCCAAGAAGAGAUGGCCAGCAUCACUAAGCAGAUUUGCAUGCUGGAACACACUCUGGUACCAACAGGAGAUCCUGUCCGGGCAGCAGUGGACUUUGCAGAAGCGCCAGGACCAGUCCAUAUAUUAACGCUUGACUUUGAAGCCAGAGCAAGUACAGAUCCAAGCUCACCUCUGCACAUCAAGUACUCCCUAUCCUCCAAAGCCAUUUUUCACAUGUGAGUCACGUUGAUUUCCCAGCAAGGCAAUUAGUCGCUCUCAUCUAUGUGUGCCCGCUGGAAUCACUCGAAGUGACAAACUCUGUCGCUCAGUAUGAGAGACUGUAUGCUAUGGAGCUGUGUUGAUUGGCACGCUUAAACUGUAUGUACAUGUUGUUUUGUGAUUAGAGGAGUCAGGUUUGGCCCCCUGCACUAUCCUUAAGGAGGGGAAUUGAUAAGAUUUUUCUGGUUCCGAUUCCACUUUUGAUUCUGCGUAACGAUUUGGUUCUUUAUCGCUUCUGUUAUUGAUCGGAAGAGAUAACAAAAAUGUAGAUUAGUAUGAGGGGUGGGCAAUAUCGCAAAUUUGGGUAUCGAUACCGAUCCAAUCCGAUACUGGCCAGUAUCGCCGAUACCGACACCGGAAGUGAAAUGCAAAAACAAAAAUAAAUACACUACUUUAAUAAUACUUAAAUAUACUAACAAAAUACCUUAAAAAUAAAUUCAAUUAAGAGCCCGAAACCCAAAAUAAAAAAGUGCACUGUUAUCAAAACAGUCAAAUGGAAAUAUAUAAUUAAAUGUGUAAGUCAAUAAAGACGAUAGCUUAAAUAAGUAUUAGGGGUGAGCAAUAUCGCAAAUUUGGGUAUCGAUACCGAUCCGAUCCGAUACCGGAAGUGAAAUGCAAAAACAAAAAUAAAUACACUACGUCAAUAAUACUUAAAUAUACUAACAAAAUACCUUAAAAAUAAAUUCAAUUAAGAGCCUGAAACCCAAAAUAAAAAAGUGCACUGUUAUCAAAACAGUCAAAUGGAAAUAUAUAAUUAAAUGUGUAAGUCAAUAAAGAAGAUAGCUUAAAUAAGUAUUAGGGGUGAGCAAUAUCGCAAAUUUGGGUAUCGAUACCGAUCCGAUCCGAUACCGGCCAGUAUCGCCGAUACCGAUACCGGAAGUGAAAUGCAAAAACAAAAAUAAAUACACUACUUUAAUAAUACUUAAAUAUACUAACAAAAUACCUUAAAAAUAAAUUCAAUUAAGAGCCCGAAACCCAAAAUAAAAAAGUGCACUGUUAUCAAAACAGUCAAAUGGAAAUAUAUAAUUAAAUGUGUAAGUCAAUAAAGAAGAUAGCUUAAAUAAGUAUUAGGGGUGAGCAAUAUCGCAAAUUUGGGUAUCGAUACCGAUCCGAUCCGAUACCGGCCAGUAUCGCCGAUACCGAUACCGGAAGUGAAAUGCAAAAACAAAAAUAAAUACACUACUUUAAUAAUACUUAUAUAUACUAACAAAAUACCUUAAAAAUAAAUUCAAUUAAGAGCCCGAAACCCAAAAUAAAAAAGUGCACUGUUAUCAAAACAGUCAAAUGGAAAUAUAUAAUUAAAUGUGUAAGUCAAUAAAGAAGAUAGCUUAAAUAAGUAUUAGGGGUGAGCAAUAUCGCAAAUUUGGGUAUCGAUACCGAUCCGAUCCGAUACUGGCCAGUAUCGCCGAUACCGGAAGUGAAAUGCAAAAACAAAAAUAAAUACACUACGUCAAUAAUACUUAAAUAUACUAACAAAAUACCUUAAAAAUAAAUUCAAUUAAGAGCCCGAAACCCAAAAUAAAAAAGUGCACUGUUAUCAAAACAGUCAAAUGGAAAUAUAUAAUUAAAUGUGUAAGUCAAUAAAGAAGAUAGCUUAAAUAAGUAUUAGGGGUGAGCAAUAUCGCAAAUUUGGGUAUCGAUACCGAUCCGAUCUGAUACCGGCCAGUACUGCCGAUACCGAUACCGGAAGUGAAAUGCAAAAACAAAAAUAAAUACACUACUUUAAUAAUACUUAAAUAUACUAACAAAAUACCUUAAAAAUAAAUUCAAUUAAGAGCCCGAAACCCAAAAUAAAAAAGUGCACUGUUAUCAAAACAGUCAAAUGGAAAUAUAUAAUUAAAUGUGUAAGUCAAUAAAGAAGAUAGCUUAAAUAAGUAUUAGGGGUGAGCAAUAUCGCAAAUUUGGGUAUCGAUACCGAUCCGAUCCGAUACCGGCCAGUAUCGCCGAUACCGAUACCGGAAGUGAAAUGCAAAAACAAAAAUAAAUACACUACUUUAAUAAUACUUAAAUAUACUAACAAAAUACCUUAAAAAUAAAUUCAAUUAAGAGCCCGAAACCCAAAAUAAAAAAGUGCACUGUUAUCAAAACAGUCAAAUGGAAAUAUAUAAUUAAAUGUGUAAGUCAAUAAAGAAGAUAGCUUAAAUAAGUAUUAGGGGUGAGCAAUAUCGCAAAUUUGGGUAUCGAUACCGAUCCGAUCCGAUACCGGCCAGUACCGCCGAUACCGAUACCGGAAGUGAAAUGCAAAAACAAAAAUAAAUACACUACGUCAAUAAUACUUAAAUAUACUAACAAAAUACCUUAAAAAUAAAUUCAAUUAAGAGCCCGAAACCCAAAAUAAAAAAGUGCACUGUUAUCAAAACAGUCAAAUGGAAAUAUAUAAUUAAAUGUGUAAGUCAAUAAAGAAGAUAGCUUAAAUAAGUAUUAGGGGUGAGCAAUAUCGCAAAUUUGGGUAUCGAUACCGAUCCGAUCCGAUACUGGCCAGUAUCGCCGAUACCGAUACCGGAAGUGAAAUGCAAAAACAAAAAUAAAUACACUACUUUAAUAAUACUUAAAUAUACUAACAAAAUACCUUAAAAAUAAAUUCAAUUAAGAGCCCGAAACCCAAAAUAAAAAAGUGCACUGUUAUCAAAACAGUCAAAUGGAAAUAUAUAAUUAAAUGUGUAAGUCAAUAAAGAAGAUAGCUUAAAUAAGUAUUAGGGGUGAGCAAUAUCGUAAAUUUGGGUAUCGAUACCGAUCCGAUCCGAUACUGGCCAGUACCGCCGACACCGAUACCGGAAGUGAAAUGCAAAAACAAAAAUAAAUACACUACGUCAAUAAUACUUAAAUAUACUAACAAAAUACCUUAAAAAUAAAUUCAAUUAAGAGCCCGAAACCCAAAAUAAAAAAGUGCACUGUUAUCAAAACAGUCAAAUGGAAAUAUAUAAUUAAAUGUGUAAGUCAAUAAAGAAGAUAGCUUAAAUAAGUAUUAGGGGUGAGCAAUAUCGCAAAUUUGGGUAUCGAUACCGAUCCGAUCCGAUACCGGCCAGUACCGCCGAUACCGAUACCGGAAGUUAAAUGCAAAAACAAAAAUAAAUACACUACGUCAAUAAUACUUAAAUAUACUAACAAAAUACCUUAAAAAUAAAUUCAAUUAAGAGCCCGAAACCCAAAAUAAAAAAGUGCACUGUUAUCAAAACAGUCAAAUGGAAAUAUAUAAUUAAAUGUGUAAGUCAAUAAAGAAGAUAGCUUAAAUAAGUAUUAAGGGUGAGCAAUAUCGCAAAUUUGGGUAUUGAUACCGAUCCGAUCCGAUCCGAUACUGGCCAGUAUCGCCGAUACCGAUACCGGAAGUGAAAUGCAAAAACAAAAAUAAAUACACUACGUCAAUAAUACUUAAAUAUACUAACAAAAUACCUUAAAAAUAAAUUCAAUUAAGAGUCCGAAACCCAAAAUAAAAAAGUGCACUGUUAUCAAAACAGUCAAAUGGAAAUAUAUAAUUAAAUGUGUAAGUCAAUAAAGAAGAUAGCUUAAAUAAGUAUUAGGGGUGAGCAAUAUCGCAAAUUUGGGUAUCGAUACCGAUCCGAUCCGAUACUGGCCAGUAUCGCCGAUACCGAUACCGGAAGUGAAAUGCAAAGACAAAAAUAAAUACACUACGUCAAUAAUACUUAAAUAUACUAACAAAAUACCUUAAAAAUAAAUUAAAUUAAGAGCCCGAGACCCAAAAUAAAAAAGUGCACUGUUAUCAAAACAGUCAAAUGGAAAUAUAUAAUUAAAUGUGUAAGUCAAUAAAGAAGAUAGCUUAAAUAAGUAUUAGGGGUGAGCAAUAUCGCAAAUUUGGGUAUCGAUACCGAUCCGAUCCGAUACCGGCCAGUACCGCCGAUACCGAUACCGGAAGUGAAAUGCAAAAACAAAAAUAAAUACACUACGUCAAUAAUACUUAAAUAUAGUAACAAAAAUACCUUCAAAAUAAAUUAAAUUAAGAGCCCGAAACCCAAAAUAAAAAAGUGCACUGUUAUCAAAACAGUCAAAUGGAAAUAUAUAAUUAAAUGUGUAAGUCAAUAAAGAAGAUAGCUUAAAUAAGUAUUAGGGGUGAGCAAUAUCGCAAAUUUGGGUAUCAAUACCGAUCCGAUCCGAUACCGGCCAGUACCGCCGAUACCGAUACCGGAAGUGAAAUGCAAAAACAAAAAUAAAUACACUACGUCAAUAAUACUUAAAUAUACUAACAAAAAUACCUUCAAAAUAAAUUAAAUUAAGAGCCCGAAACCCAAAAUAAAAAAGUGCACUGUUAUCAAAGCAGUCAAAUGGAAAUAUAUAAUUUAAUUUUUUAAGUCAAAAAAGAAGAUAGCUUAAAUAAGUAUACAAAAAAUAUAUAAAAAGAAAAAAACAAACGAACAAAUACACACACACACACGUCAUUAUAACGUGUCUAACAUCAUAUUCAUGAAUUAAACACCAAUACAACUUUAUUUUCAAUAGAUAAUGCAGGCUCAGGUCCCUCCCCGCUCACAGAGGACUGGGCUGUCCGUUCACUUGAUUGUUUAUUCUGUUCAUAAUUAUGUUAUUUGCUCAGGCGACGCUUGUUCACAAACACUAAGACAUCAGUGAGUUUUAUUAUCCCUCCAAAUGACACAGUCGCGGCUGAAACUCAAAUGCACUGAGAAAAGAACGAAUCAUUUCAUUAAGUGAUUCAGUUCGUUCACUCAAAUGAUUCGUUUGAACGAACGAAUCGUUCGCGAACGACCCAUCGCAAGGGAGGAGGGUGGGGUGGUGAGGAGCGCUGCGCUGCGCUGCGCUCACAUUUUUUUUAAAAUCGGAGUGAUUCGCUUAAUUUGGUGAAGUAUCGAUACCAUCAUGCCAGUAUCGAUACGAUACCGAUACUCACCAAGUAUCGAUACUAUCGAUACGCCCAGCCCUAAUUAGCAUCAUUUGUGUUUAGUCCAGAGCAGUGGUUCCUAACCUGGGUUCAAUCGAACCAGAGGGGUUCGGUGAGUCGGCCUCAUGGGUUCGGCGCAGAGGUCAAGACACACCCGACUCAUCGUGUAAAUACAAACUUCUCCCUAUCGGCUUAUUAUGGAUAAGUCAACAGAGGAAGUCACACUGAUUUGCGGGUGUGUCAUUUGUUGUGAGUUCAUGCACUGUGUUGGUUUUGUUCUUCGAACAAGGUGAUGUUCAUGCAUGGUUCAUUUCAUGCACCAGUAAAAAAAAAACAUAUUACUUUGUAUUGAAUUAAAAAUAAACGUUUUAUUUUUUCACAAAAUAAGGGUUCGGUGAAUGCGCAUAUGAAACUGGUGGGGUUUGGUACUUCCAACAAGGUUAAGAACCACUGGUUUAGAGCUAAUACAGGAGUAAGGAACCUAUGGCUCUAGAGACAGAUGUGGCUCUUUUGAUGACUGCAUAUGGCUCUCAGAUAAUUAUAUUUAUAUAGCGCUUUUCUCUAGUGACUCAAAGCACUUUUACAUAGUGAAACCCAAUAUCGAAGUUCCAUUUAAACCAGUGUGGGUGGCACUGGGGGCAGGUGUGUAAAAGUGUCUUGCCCAAGGACACAACGGCAGUGACUAGGAUGGCGGAAGCGGGAAUCGAACCUGGAACCCUCAGGUUGCUUGCACGGCCACUCUACCAACCGAGCUAUGCCGAGUAACCGUGUAAUACUCUUCCAUAUCAGUAGGUGGCAGUCGGUAGCUAAUUGCUUUGUAGGUGUGGGAAACAGCGGGAGGCAGAGUGCAGGUAAAAAGGUGUCUAAUGCUUAAACCAGGGGUAGGGAACCUAUGGCUCUCAGAUAAAUCUUAGCUGACAUUGCUUAACACGAUAAAUAAUGAAUAAUUCCGCUGGUAAUCACAGUAUCAAAAAUAACGUUCAAAUUAUAAAACAUUCUCAUGCAUUUUAAUCCAACCAUCCGUUUUCUACCGCACCUGUUCAAGAUGUCGCAUUAAUGGUAAGAAGUAUUAUAUGUAUUAUUGGUUAACUUUUAUAAUAACAAUGUUGUUAAAAAGAAUAAGAGACUUAUUAUACUCUACAAAUGUUGGUCAUACUUAAAAAUGCACAAAUUUAGUUGUAUUCAGUGUUGAAAAAUUUAUACGGCUCUUACGGAAAUACUUUGUGAAAUAUUUGGCUUUCAUGGCUCGCUCAGCCAAAAAGGUUCCCGACCCCUGAGCUAAUGUGACCUUACAAAGCCAACAGUGAGGUCUUUAAAAAACCCAAUGCAUAUAAAAACAAUUUUGAAAAUAAAUUAAAAUAAAAUCUGAAUUCAACAAAAUAAAACAUGUGAAAAUUACUCAAGCAUGUAACAUUUCAUAACAUUUGUAAAACUUUUAAGAAUCUUGUAUACCAUGCAAAUACUGGGCAAAAGUUUGUUAAGAUUUAGUUGUUUGGAAGGUAAAACAAUAGCAUAGGCUCAUAACAUGCAACGCUAUUUCAAGCCUUCUUUUGUUGUAAUGUUGAUGAUUAUGACUUACAUCUUAUGAAAACCUUGAAUUGAAAAUCUCAGAAGAUGUGGGGUUUUUCAAAAACUGUAAAUCAUGAUCAUCCAAAUAAUAAUAAAUAAAGGUUUGGCAUAUCUCACUUUGCAUGUAAUGACUUUAUAUCAAAUAUUCGUUUCACAUUCGAAGUUGAAUUGCUGACAUGAAUGGAAUUUUACACGCUUUUCAAAUUUUAUGAGAUCCACCUGUACAAUAAUAUUGGCCUAGUUAAAAUGUUGUUGGGGGAAAAAAAUGAAGCUUUUCUCUGACUACAAUUGAACAUUCACCGACUGAA